ACCUGGAUAAUCUCGAGUGAUUGUAAGUGUGAUGAUCAUCUGCUAAAUGAGCAACAACGACCACAAUUCACUCCUUCAGUCAGUGAAGCUCCCACAGCCGUUCAUGAGAGUUUAAAUGCUGGGGAAUAUUCCCAUCUUCCCACAGGAGAAGAAGAAGCAAGCAGGAGGAAUUACUCCAGGAGAAACUACGGACAUACUAUUGUAAAGAUGGAGAUUAAGGAAGAACCCUGCAGAAUAAAAGAUGAAGACACAGAGGAACAAAUAGGAGAAGAAGCAAGCAGGAGGAAUUACUCCAGGAGAAACUACGGACAUACUAUUGUAAAGAUGGAGAUUAAGGAAGAACCCUGCAGAAUAAAAGAUGAAGAUACAGAGGAACAAAUAGACCUGAUGGAAGUGAAUGAAGACAAACAGCAUCAGUUUCAAAAACCGCAUUAUUUCACAAAUGAAGAUGGAAAUGCAGUCGUUUCAAAGACUGAAAAAAGUUUCAAACAAGCUGAAAAAUCUGGAGUCGAAGGAUCUUUCACCUGUUCUGAGUGUGGAAAGAGUUUCCUAUCUAAAUCAAAGCUGAACAGGCACAUGAAGAUUCACACCGGAGAAAGGCCUUAUACAUGCACUCAGUGUGGAAAGAGUUACAGACAUAAUGGACACCUACAUGAUCACAUGAGAAUUCACACUGGAGAAAAACCGUUCAAAUGCUCUCAGUGUGGAAAGAGUUUCACUCAGAAAAGUCAUCUCAACACUCAUCUGCCCAUUCACUCCGGAGUGAGAUCAUUCAGCUGUGAUCAGUGUGAUAAAACAUUUGUUUUGGAAUCAGGCUUAAAAAAACACCUUAAAGUUCAUUCUGCUGUGAAGCCUCACUUUUGUUCUUUUUGUGGAAAGAGAUUUUCAGAAGUGCAACAUUUAAAAGGGCAUGAGCGUAUUCAUACUGGUAUGAGACCUUAUGUGUGCUUUGACUGUGGAAAGAGCUUUAUUCUAUCCUGCAACUUAAAACAACACCAGAGAGUUCAUACUGGAGAGAAGCCGCACAAGUGUUCACACUGUGGAAAGAGUUUCUCUCAGUCAGGAAGCCUGAAAAAUCAUGAGAGAGUUCAUACUGGAGAGAAACCGCACCAGUGCUCUUCAUGUGGGAGAAGUUUCAGCCUAUUGACUAAUCUACAACGACAUAAGAAAAAGCUUUGUCUGAAUGUGUCUAAGUGAUCAAUGUUCAGAUCCAUGACUUGAUUUGAUAUUCAGAUUAAGCAAAAAAUGGAAUUACCUUAAAUAUAGUAAUUUAAUCUAAAAUUAGGAGGAAGGUUAAACAUUUUUUUUUUUUUU